CCAACUUCUCCGAGAGCAAUUGGUCUAGAGAGACACAGACAGGGCAGCGUAGUAGUGAUUCGUAGAGCGUGCAUACUCGUCUUGCCAUCCUUAAGCUUGGUCGGCAAUCAUGAAGGUGGAGGAGCUAAGUGGGGUGGGCCCGGUGAAUGCGGUCAAACUUCGCCAAGCAGCGGAGAUCACGACGCCGUCGGAGCUGCUCGACAGAUGUGCAACGAUCCGCGGAAGGCGGGACAUCAAGGAGAAGACUGGGAUCAAGAAGAAGGUGCUGCUCGAUUGGGUGAAAACCGCUGAUCUGUUCAGGAUCAAGGGGCUUGGCCCACACUUCUCGGAGCUCCUGAAACAGACAGGCGUGAGCACUGUGCGUGAGCUGCGAUACAGAGAGGGGAACGAGUUGCUGCAGAAAAUGAAGGCCCUGAAUGAGGAGAGGCGUGUCACAAGAAGGCAACCCACGCUCGACCUGGUUAGGCACUGGAUCGAUCAGUCCAGGAGACUUGUGGAUGUUGUCGAAUUUCCCGCCAAGUGAUAUAAAAAAUUUGAGCUGGAAAUGCAAACCCAGUUAUGAAUAGGAUGGAUGGGGGUACACGCGCAUUCACAGAGAGAGAGAGAGAGAGAGAGAAGGGGGAGGAGGGAUUCAAUCAUCGGCUCUUACGAAUCUGUGGCGAUGCCGACGGAUCACGUACAUAGGAGAGCUUGUGACGUUAGGGCGGUUUGUAGUUAAUGGAGAUGGCAACAGAGGAGAGUCUCUUCGACUAUCUCCCGCUUUAGGCUCUUCCAAUGGAUGCAUUGGGGGAAUAGCACCACCACUUCUGCCGCAGAGUAUCACGUAGGGGGGAAGCGACGAUUACAACCGGGAGCAGAAAAGAGAUUGAUGGCGAGGAGAGGUCCGGAGAAAUGGUCCUGUCGAGGAUAGCCUUAUGCAACAGAUACGGUGUGUUUUGGGGGCCGUUCAAGACGCGGCGGCAAUAAUUUCGAAUUUGCCGCGUCCUCUCUUCCCUCUCUCUUCCCCCCAUUCUUUCCUCUUCUCUCCUCUUGCUCCAAUUCCCAAUUUCUUUUUUCGCCGCGAUUGUGCGUUUCUGCAUUUCUCCGGAACAACUUUCCAUUGGCCAAAUUUGCAAAAAGUUCCCAGGCAGUACACAGUGUAGGUGAUUCGCAUUUCUCGAUUCGUCUGGAUUCGAGAGCCGUUAACUUUGAGAACGGAUGCGGCGGCGGCGGCUAGCAGAGUGUGCGCUUCUUCGGCUUAGGGAUACUCAAGUUUAUGGUGAUUAACACAAAUUUGUGGCAAUUAAAGAUGAGUUUGGGGCGCUUCUGUAAUCGAAGCCCCAGAAGAAGUGCAACUCUCGAUCGGAUUCGUGUGGACUCGAUCGGAGAAUAGCGAGCUGCGAGAAGAAACUUCACGAUGAACUUGCUGCUACUACUGCGAGCCAUCUUUUUGGCGGGUAAAGGCAGAGGAACUACCGGUAGCCCAAACAAUUGUUUUGGCGGGUAAGACAGUGGAAGUGCUGCCAGCAAAGCUUUUCUGUGGCUAAAGACAGUCAAGGGUAAGCGCCCGACGGCGGAGGCAUCAAGGAAGCGAGCGUCCCUGGUGUGGAUCGGGCAAGAUUGCAGUUGGUAACUUCGUAACGAUGAAGAAAUUCGAGAGACUCAGUUUGUUAUGAGAGAAAAAAACAAAAAGGAAGGUAUGCUUCAGACCAAGCUGUGCCUUGCUGCUGAGAAAACAUAACGGCACGAGGGCUUCGCUGCUGGGGCGGAAAAUGAUCUCACUCGGUAUCGCUUGCGUAGGAGAGGAGGGUGAUUGAAUAUCGUAUGUAGUCCGUGUUUGAGUGGCCGCAAUGCGUUUCCUUGAGGCAAGGCCGUGGAUUACCGAGACGGCCAACGGGAGGGGGGGGAAGGGGCGGUGGGGUCCGAGGGAGGCGGAGGAAGGAAAACUGUGUAGUGUGUACAGUGAACACGCAUAGUAGCACGUAUGCGUAUGGCUUUGCCCCCUGAGAGAGAAUACCUAAGACGUACGUUUGUGGUGACGCAUACAGGGAAGAUUUGCAUGGGCCCUGCGCAAUUAGGUCUGACACGCACCCAUGAUUGAGAAAAAAGGGUAUACGUCUGAGAGCGUCGUUUCAGUAUUCGGACAGUCCCUGAAAUGUAGAAGAGUGGAAAAGUGGAAGCGGAAGGUGCCAAAACGGCCAGGUGUGGUGGAGGAAGAGUAAAAUUGUAGAAGUUUC